AGCUGCCGCCGGCGUCUCGGGGGCUCCAGGCUGCGGGGCGGACGCAGCGCCUAGCGAUCCACCGCGGAGCCGCGCGAGGCCGCCCGAGCCCGAGCCCCAGCCCCAGCUCCGAGCCCCGAGCGAGCGCCGCCGCCGCCUCUCGCCAGCAGGUCCCCGGACGCGCCGCCGCCGCCACCGCCGGGAAGGCAGCCGGUGCCGAGCAAGUUGCGAGUGCGCUUCUCCGCCCGGGGAAAGUUUCCCCCGCGGCCGCCGACGGGAGUUGGCGCGGGAUCCGGCCACUGCCGCUGGAAGAGUUUAUCCUGAAGCUACCAUCAGAAAGAGACUUCAAGAGAAUCUUGACACCCCUGAAAGGAAAAGACACCAGUUGAAAGAGGUGGGCGUCUCCUGGACAGCCCCGAGCUUGCAGGGACCAGACCUUCCGACCCCAUCAUCCAAGCUACGUGAACCCUUUGAAUUUGAACUUCUAAAAACGUGGGCACAACCUUUUUCCAGACUUCUCCACGCAGGCUACCCAGGCCGAGGCACAUUUCCCUAGGAGGGAGGCUCCCCCCCGUCUGUUGGAAUAAUGAGAUCUGUGCAAGGCUCUCUGCCAUCUGAAUCUGAGGCCAGCCUGGAGGAGGUUCCCUUUGGACCAAGCAGGAGGGAGGCAAUGAGUGAGGACAAGCUGGGCCAAUAAAGGAAAUAUACAGGAACCCCUCUGACCAAGAGACUGUCCCGCUGACAUCAGAACUGCCCAGGUGACAGGGGGAGCACCAUGGAAGGCGACUGUCUGAGCUGCAUGAAGUAUCUGAUGUUUGUGUUCAAUUUCUUCAUAUUUCUAGGGGGGGCCUGCCUGCUGGGCAUCGGCAUCUGGGUCAUGGUGGACCCCACCGGCUUCCGGGAGAUCGUGGCCGCCAACCCCCUGCUCAUCACGGGCGCCUACAUCCUCUUGGCCAUGGGGGGCCUGCUUUUUCUGCUCGGCUUCCUGGGCUGCUGCGGGGCUGUCCGGGAGAACAAGUGUCUGCUGCUGUUGUUCUUCCUGUUCAUCCUGAUCAUCUUCUUGGCGGAGCUCUCGGCGGCCAUCUUGGCCUUCAUCUUCAGGGAAAACCUCACCCGCGAAUUCUUCACCAAGGAGCUCACCAAGCACUACCAGGGCAACAACGACACAGACGUCUUCUCUGCCACCUGGAACUCUGUCAUGAUCACAUUUGGUUGCUGCGGGGUCAACGGGCCUGAAGACUUUAAGUUUGCAUCAGUUUUCCGACUCCUGACUUUGGACAGUGACGAGGUGCCGGAGGCCUGCUGCCGGAGAGAACCCCAGAGUCGGGACGGGGUCCUGCUGAGCAGGGAGGAAUGCCUCCUGGGAAGGGACCUGUUCCUGAACAAGCAGGGCUGUUACACGGUGAUCCUCAACGCCUUUGAAACUUACGUCUACCUGGCAGGAGCCCUCGCCAUAGGGGUGCUGGCCAUCGAGCUUUUUGCCAUGAUCUUUGCCAUGUGCCUCUUCCGGGGCAUCCAGUAGAGGGUGUGGCCUGAAGAUUGAAGACUCACCCCACCCACCACUGCCCAGCACCCAAUGCCCUCCCCUCUCCCUCACCCCUGCCCUCUUGGCCCCGGGGGAGGAGGUGAGGCCAUGAUGAGUGGCCAGGAAAUGGGGCAGAGGAAAAUAGCUAUUUUUUUAACAAAAAAAAAUGAAGGCAAAAAUAUGGACUGAUGUAGCCCAUCUGGACUCCGGAAUGGGUGCCAUGGGGUUCUCCGCGGGGGCCCAGGCACCUGAACCCAGGAUGCAGUCUGCACUAGAGACCAAAGCAACACCAGGGCCAGGCCCCCUCCUUGGUGCAGCCAGAUCUGGCAGCUCGGGACCUGGGCCCUCAACUCACAGCUUCAGGAUCUGGUGCCAAGGAAGUAAUAAGGAUUUAGGCAAGAAGGAGGCAAAAGAAAACUGUGGAGAAAGGUUGGCAAAGCCCAGGGGCCCCGAGGAGACCUGGUCACCGUGUCCUUGAGGACUUGGAACCUACUUGGAGCCCCUGGUCCUCCGAGGAUGGAGUUGUCCCUGCUUCAGCCUGGGGCCAAGAGUGGGCUGCAGAUGCUGGAUCCAAGGAUGACCCAGCCGGUAGGGUCCGUGCUUCCCCAUCUGUUGGAGCAAAUAAUCUGGAAAGCCCAGAGAGGAGCAGUUUCUCAUCCACAGUCACACAGCACAUGUGUGACAGUUCUGAACAAGAACCCCGCCAUCCCCAGGCUGCCUGUCACUCCUUCCAAGGCUCUGUUGGUCCCAGCAGACCUACUGCUCACACCCCUCGCUGGCCUCUGCAUCCUGGUUUCCCCAGAAGCGAGCGGGCAAGCUGGUCAGGAAUUGCCUCUUCCCGGCUCCACAGCUAAGAAAAUUCUGGACUCUGCCCUCCCUGCCACCUCCCCACACUUUUCUCUAAGUCCCAGGAACACACACAUGCACACACACCACAGCCCGUUUUCUACACUGCCCACCUUUCCUCCACCAACUCCACCAAUUCCCUGGCCCCCAGGGCUGGAA